CAUGGCUCGCUUUCUGACCGGCGGCGAUGUGGCCACCCUGGUCGACUUACCUUUUAAUGCACUUCAAGCUGUAGAAGUUAGGGAGAUCUGUGGCCUUCGACGCUCGCCUCGCCUUAGAUCUCCGACCACAGGGGGAUCUAUGAUAGGCAACUAUGUUGCAGGUUAUAUCUCCAAGAAUUUCAGAACGGACGCAAAAGUCUUGGGAUAUUACAAGUCACACGAUCUCAGUAAGAUGCUGGAUCUUCCAACCGACCUCGUCUUCGAGAUAUUUGCUCACCUCCAUCCGAUCGAUCUCUACAACUUGAUACGGACAACGAAGAGCUUGCGAGGGUUGUUACUCAACCGACAUUCGCGACGUGUGUGGAAGAUGUCUUUCAAGGCGAACGUUGGCAUCCCUGACUGCCCCAAGGAUGUCUCUUUUCCAAAGUGGGUCUCGCUACUCUUUGGCCCCGACGACUGCGAGACCUGCGGUGCAAAUUAUGCCAUGCCUGAUUUCGCAUUCCGCGCAAGAUUUUGUGAAUCCUGCAUGAUGCGCAAUUACGUGAGCAGAGGAUUCUGUAGGUCGACUUUGGGAGAACACGUCAACUACAAGUUGGCCGACAUCUGGAAGUUGCUUCGAUACAGUCGUCAAUGGGCCGGGUAUAGAUACUCAAAAGCAGGGUGCCAAAUUCCACAAUACCUCUUCGCCGAUGUUAUCGCCCGGGAGAAAGAAAUCAAGUCAUAUCUGGAUAAAAUCGAUGCUGGUAUUCCGGAUGCUUUGCACGAAUUCAAACAGUAUAAAGAGUCUGUCGCAAACGAUAUAGAGGAAGAUAUGCAGUUCGUCAGAUUCUGUGAAACUUGGUGCUUGAGUAUACACGAUGCCGUCAUUAGGACUCGAGGAGAGAUUACUGACCAACUCGCCGACCGGUGUUUUUCUCGAUUAGUGAAACAAGGCCGCGAUCACCGGGAUGUUGGCUUGUCUGCACUGCAAGUUGCAGUACAUAGUGGCCAUAUCACCCGCCUUCGAGGACUCGGUUACCGACUUAUGAUGACGAACGUGGAUCGAUGGAUCCAACAAGCACAUCGAGACCGUCUCAUCGCAGAACGCAAGAAACUCGUCGAGAGCCGACAAGCAACUAUCGAUAAUCUCUACCACGAGUUCGUUGUGCAGAAUUUCAAGCCCACUCACUGGAAGAGUGUUCCGGAUGACCAGAAGAUACGGAAUAUUAAACUAUUCAAGAAGUUCAUCAAUGACGAAGCAGCCGAUGCUGCUGAACCACCCAAAGAGACGGCCCUAAGUGAGAUCCGCCAAUUUGUCGAAGAGGCAAUCGAUUCGCGCAAGAAGUCCCUGGCAUUCACUCUGCUCUGUGCAUUGAAGAAGUUUCCUGCGAAGGGCUUCCCCGACACAUACUCUGUAAUCGAACUCGCCACGUCUGUCUUCGCAUGCACCGCCUGCCUUAGUGAAAGAAGCAUUUAUACCAAGCCGGACGUCGAGGUCAGAGUUGGUUGGGAGGAUGUAGGCCGGAAAGAUCUGUGUGGCACAUGCCUGGAUUGGUCGCCGAGGAGGAGGAACUCCGACAUGCGGUUCAGUGUGGACGGGGCGAAAGCUGUUGUCGCUCUCCUCGCUCUCCUCGGCCUGGGCCCCGAUACGACGACUGCUGCGGAACUCGAUAGGCUCGACCCGAGGUUUGUCUGUGAGGUAUGCCCGCCGCGGGUGAUCGAUGGGAAGAAAACACGCCCGGUGUACAAGUGGAGGGAAUGGGUCGGGCACAUACUCGCAGAUAAGUUUAAGAGCCAAGAGAAUGUCAUUCGUCGGUCGCCUCGACCUACACUACUCACGGAAGAGUGUGCAAAAUCCGUUAGGCUCCAUGAGCAGUGGUUGAACAACAGCUUGGACUCGGCAAAUUGUUGGGCCUGUACGCACUGUGCAGCCCACUUUUCCUCCAACUCGACACGUGAGGGAGCCAAGUCCCAUGUUCAGGUGAGGCAUACCAUUCGCCGCCCAGAAGUGUAUGUCGACUACGUGUGCACUCGGAAGGAUUCGGGCCCACUUUGGGAACAUUAUUCGAUUGGAGUCGAGCCUCUUGUCAACUGUCGAUGCUUGUGGUGUCCGGACACGAACAAUCUAAGGCUUUGGAAAAUGAAUUCCCUGAUCCCCCAUGUCAAGGACAGACACCACAUAGAGAAACCGCAAGAAGGUGUCGAUUGGAUAUUAGUAGAGCUCUUUGAAAAGAAGGUGUA